CGCAGUGAGGACUCAGCCAUAAGCGGUACCCAACAAACUAACCUUAUCCGGUUUUAUUUAAAUCCUCUAGUUAUUUGUUUCGUUAUUGCAUUAGAUAAGAUGGAUUACAAAGAGGAACAGAUUAAUGAGAUAGAAGCGCUGGAUUCGAUUUACUGCGGAGAAUUGGAAGUUUUGGCGACUGAUCCUUUUCAUAAAUUCGCUGUGCCCAUAAAAACGGAGGAAUAUGAACCGGAUACCAGAAAUGGAUUAGCAUGUCGAUUAGAGUUUACGUAUAUGCCUAAGUAUCCUGAUGAACCGUUAAUUAUAUCCAUUGAAGAGCGAGAGAAUUUUGAUGAGAAAGAUGCGGAAAAAUUGAAGGAGCACCUAGCGCUUCAAAUGGAGGAAAAUCUUGGAAUGGUUAUGGUAUUUACGUUAGUAAGCGCAGCACAGGAAUGGUUGAACGUUCAGUGGGAUAAAGCCAAAAUACAUAGAGAAGAGAGUGCGGCUCAAAAAUUGCAGGAAGAAGAGGAGGCGGAAAGAAAGCGAUUUGAAGGAACAAGGGUCACGGUGGAGACGUUUCUUAGUUGGAAAGAGAAAUUUGAUGAAGAAAUGGGAUAUACAAAGCGACGGGAGAUGGCCGAUAGAGAAGGGAAAAAGUUAACAGGAAGGGAAUUGUUCAUGACCGAUAAAACGUUGGAUCAGUCUGACCUUAAGUUCUUGGAUGAUGGAGAUACGGUGAAGGUUGAUGAAAGUUUAUUUCAAAAUUUGGAUGAUUUGGAAUUAGACGACGACGACGACGACGAUCCAGAUUAUGAUCCAAAUAAUGAUGCAUACGACAGUGCUUAAAAGAUAUCUCUGGUCUGUUUCUCUUUUCAACUGUAAUAAUCUGUACAAGAUGGAACGAAACUGAGUACAGGGCAGUUGGUCCUAGGGUUAACUACUCGCCGCAUGAUCUUACGAUUCCAGGAUAUAUUAGUAAUUAUAAGUGGCAUUGUGUCAAAGGUGAGAGACAUUUACUACUUUACAUCUUAAGCAGAGUUGAAUUUUACCGUACCCCUUGAAGGCUACGGUUGUGGAAUAUAUAAAUCGUGAUCGUUUUUCGACACGACAGCGUUCAGUGUCAGUGGAGUGAACGAGGAUUCAAGUGUUUUCAUAUUUAUAAAUAUAAUUGGACGUAUUGUCCAUAGAGCAUCGUUUAUUAAAACUAAAUGAUCAUUA